AUGUCGUCAGAGAAAAAGCAAUACGAGACGGAAGAGAUCGUGGAGGAGACUUAUACAACUCAAGAGGAAGUCGGUGAGAAGCAUGAAAAGCCCGUUGAACUGAUAGAGCACGCACAUGUCGAAGUUACUGAAGAUAUCCCUCCGGAGUUGGAAGCUUUACUUCACACCGAUCCCUCUUCGGGUUUGACUACCGAAGAAGCGAAUAAACGCUUGACUGAAUUUGGUCGUAAUGAACUAGCCGAGGUCAAAACGAAUCCCAUCUUGAAGUUUCUGUCUUACUUCACAGGUGCCAUUGCGUACCUGAUCGAAUUGUCUUGCGUCUUCGCCGGUAUUUUGCAGCAUUGGCUUGACUUUGCUGUCAUCCUGACUUUACUCUUUGUCAACGCCUUGAUUGGUUUUAUAGAAGAAGCUCGAGCCGAGAAUGCUUUGGAUGCUCUGAAAAAUACUCUUGCGCUGAAAGCAAAGGUAUGGCGUGACGGUCAAUUCAUUGAAUUGGAUGUUGCCGAACUCGUUCCUGGUGAUGUGAUUGGUCUUCGUCUUGGUGACAUCAUUCCAGCCGACGCCCGUCUUCUUGGUAUCUCGGUCACUGGCGGUGAAACUGAAGGUACUCUAUCAAUUGAUCAGUCCGCUUUGACCGGUGAAUCUCUUCCGGUUGAGAAGAAGAAGGGUGAUACUGUUUACUCCUCAUCCAUCGUCAAGCAGGGUCAAAUGUUGGCUGUCGUCACAAAGACUGGUAGUAACACUUUCAUCGGACGUGCUGCCAAUCUGAUUUCGAUCACCGUUGAGCAGGGUCACUUCCAGAAGAUCGUCAAUGCCAUUGGAAACUUUUUGAUUUUGAUCACCGUUGUGUUGGUCGGCAUCAUCUUCAUCUACCAAAUGGUUAACCACGGAACAUUCCUCGAGGUACUUGGUCACGUGUUGGUCUUGACAAUUGCCGCUAUCCCAGUAGGUCUUCCGACCGUCUUAUCGGUGACCAUGGCCGUUGGUGCUAAGCAACUCGCCGCAAAAAAAGUUAUUGUCAAGCGUCUCACGGCUGUCGAGGAAAUGGCAUCGGUUUCUAUACUUUGCUCGGACAAGACUGGUACAUUGACCCUGAAUGAAUUGACCUUCGACGAACCCUACCUAGCUGGUAGUUACACGAAAGACGAAAUCCUUCUUUACUCUUAUCUCUCGGCUGAGCCUGGUGCGAACGAUCCCAUUGAAUCGGCCAUCCGUAACGCCGCCGAAACUGAUCUCGAGAUUCUCAAGACUCGUCCAAAUAAAUUUGAAAUUCCCGGAUACAAGGUCACCGCCUUUGUUCCCUUCAAUCCUACCACCAAGAUGACCAACGCCACCGUCGCCAACCUCGAGACCAAUGAAGUUUUCAAGGUAGCAAAAGGUGCACCUCAGGUUAUCAUUAAACUUGUUGGUGGUGAUGACAACGCUGUUCGAGCUGUCAACGAAUUGGCCGCGCGUGGUCUUCGCGCCCUUGGUGUUGCUCGUACUGUUCCCGGUAAUCUUGAAAAAUAUGAAUUGAUUGGUAUGAUCUCCCUCCUCGAUCCUCCUCGACCCGAUUCUGCUGAAACCAUUCGACGCUGCAAUUCCUAUGGUGUUGAGGUGAAGAUGGUUACCGGUGAUCAGUUGAUCAUCGCAAAAGAAGUGGCCCAUAGACUUGGAAUGAGUCGUGUGAUUCUUGACGCCAAUCAUCUGGUUGAUCCCAACAAGUCCGAGGAGGAGGUAACACAACACUGUGAACGUGCUGACGGUUUCGCCCAGGUCAUUCCCGAACACAAAUAUCGCGUGGUUGAAUUGUUACAAAAACGUGGUCUGCUGGUUGGUAUGACCGGUGAUGGUGUGAACGAUGCCCCAGCCUUGAAGAAGGCCAAUGUUGGUAUUGCCGUCCACGGGUGUACCGAUGCCGCGAGAUCUGCAGCUGAUAUCGUGUUGUUGGCCCCCGGUCUUUCCACCAUUGUUGACGGUAUUACCACCUCCCGCGCCAUUUUCCAACGUAUGAGAUCCUACGCCCUUUACCGUAUCACCUCCACCGUUCACUUCUUGAUUUUCUUCUUUUGCAUCACCCUGAUUGAGAACUGGCAGAUGGACGCAAUUCUUUUGAUUUUGAUUACCUUGUUGAACGACGCAGCCACCCUUGUCAUUGCCGUGGAUAAUGCCAAAAUUUCACAUCGUCCUGAUAAAUGGCGCCUGGGUCAACUGAUCACAUUGUCACUUGUUCUUGGAUGUCUCUUGACUGCCGCUUCGUUUGCCCAUUUCUACAUUGCCAAAGAUGUGUUUAAUAUUCCGAAAACUGACGGCCGCUUGGGAACCAUCAUGUAUCUUCACAUCUCAUCCUGUCCUCAUUUCGUCAUCUUCUCCACCCGUCUGUCUGGUUACUUCUGGGAGAAUCUCCCGUCACCGACUUUCUUUGUCGCUGUCAUGGGUACACAGGUUUUCACUAUGUUCAUCUGUAUAUACGGUGUUCUUUCACCUGCCGUCGGUUGGGGUUGGGGCGUUGGCGUCAUUGGGGUUUCAUUAGGAUAUUUCUUCGUAUUAGACUUUGUCAAAGUUAAUCUAUUCAAAUAUUGGUCAUUCGAGAUGACUGCUAAAGUAUGGCCUUCACCAUCCCGUAAGCGCAAGCUAAGAAACCGCAAAGCAGAUGCUCAUCAAAGAAAGAGAGUAUUAGCAAACUUUGCAAAGGUUCGAAAAGUGGUGCUCAUGUCUAAAGUGAUUCUUGCUUUCCGACAUGCAACAAGAUCAGAUAAGAAAGCGCUUACCUCGUAA